AUGUCCGCAGUGAAGAGAACGCCAAUCCCUCUGCCCGGAAGGGCCACCGCUGCCGCGGGCACGCCUUCGAAACCUCCCAAGCCUACCACUAAACCUAUUCCCGAAGACGACAGCUCCGAGGAUGAGAGCAGCAGCGACGAAAGCUCCAGCAGUGAAACUGUUGCGGCGAAGACCAGCAGCUCCACGAAGGAGGAUUUGAAGAAGGCCCAGAAAACGGCACCCGAAAGCUCGUCCGAAGCCAGCGACAGCGAGGAGAGUGAAGAAGAAGAGGAGGAGGAGGAAGAAGAGGAGGAAGAGGAGAGUAGCGACAAUGGCGACAAGAAUGAGAAGGCCGAGGAACCCAAGAAGGCGGAUGCGAGCAAGAGCGCAACGUCGAGUGGCAGCGUAAGCGCUAGCGACAGCGGCAGCGAGGAGUCUGAGAGCGAGAGCGAGGAGGAGAGCGAGAAGCAAGCUCAAACCUCAAGCUUUUCAAGAUCACAAACCGUCCAAUUGAGCGCCGCCAAGCCAUUCGAGCCUCCGUCAGGUUUCAAGGCGGUGAAAUCCGGCCUCAGUCCUUCCUCCAACCUUGCCAAACUCCUUCAAUCCACGGAUCUCUCGAAAAAGCAAAUAUGGCACAUCACUGCACCCGCCCACAUCGAUAUCAAGAAGAUCAAGCAGUUUGCACGAGGCAAAGCAGCGCUCAAGGAACCCGCGAUUGAACACGACGGUGUUGGCUAUGCGUUUCUUCCGGAAGAGAAGGGUACACAGACGUCGAAGAAACUCCUUGUGCCGUCAGAGAAGGGCUUCGCAGCUGUGCCGGUCGAGAUCGCAGAGACCCUCCACCUGAAGCAAAUCGUGGAUAUUCCCAAGCUUUCUGAGAAGGGAGCUGAUUCUGCAAAGACUACUGAGGCCAUUCACACGUUUGUUGAGCGCCCGCCAAAGCCCGCGAGACCGCAGCCGGCCGGACUACGCAUGCGUUACAGGCCCUAUGGUCAUAGCGGAGAUGUGAUAGGUUUCGCAUCCGACGACGAAAGCAGUGCGCCUGCGCAGAAGCGGAAGCAUGGCGAAGCCGAUGCGCCUGCAAGCUCAAAGAAGUCUAAGAAGGAUAAAACGCCAAAGAAGAAGAAGGCUGAGGCAGGGGAGCCGAUGGAAGGUGUCGAGGCGACAGCAGUAGCUCAAGAUGGCGGUGAGACGGAAAAGAAGAAGAAAAAGAAGGAAAAGAAGGACAAGGAGGGCAAGAAGGAGAAGAAAGAAAAGAAGAGCAAGGAGUAA